AUGGACUCUUCAAGACUAGCAGUCUUGUUCUCUCUCGUUUUCAUACGACUAUGUGCUCUCACAUAUGCUGAGCCGGAGAAGCUGUUUCAAGUCUGUUCGUCCAAAAGCGACUUCUCCCUGAAUAGCACCUACGAGAACAACCUUAAUGACUUAAAUCUCACCACCAUUACCUCCAACACCAAAAUAGACCAUGGUUUUUACAGUGCCUCUUAUGGCGCAGACUCUGAUAAGGUCAAUGCUAUAGGUCUGUGUAGAGGAGAUCUUGUGGCAGAUAUUUGCCGUAGUUGCAUUAACGAUGCCAUUAAUGACUUCGCAGAACACUGCCAGAAACAAAGCGAGGCCAUUGUCUGGUAUGAUGAGUGUAUGCUUAGAUACUCAAAUCGUUCCAUAUUUGGUAAAAUGGAGGUCGAACCUUUUCGUUCACUCGUCAAUGUCAACGUUAUCAACAAUGUUGCCGACGCAACUCAUUUUAAUCAGGUCUUGGCAACCUUGUUGGAUAGGCUUAAAACUCGAGCGGCCUCCGGCCGUUCCCUUCGCAGGGUUGCAACAGGGAAUGCUAAUGUUUCCAAGUCGCAGACUAUAUAUGCAAUGGUUCAGUGCACCCCUGAUUUGUCCCCAGAGGAUUGUAACGAGUGCCUGAGAAAUGUCACUGAAUCACUUCCACGAUGUUGUAAUGGGAGGAAAGGAGCACGAGUUUUGACUCCAAGUUGUAAUAUUAGGUAUGAAAAUCAUCUCUUUUAUGGCCCUUUGGUUGAUAUGGCACCCCCAACGCCUUCUCCAGCGCUGUCUCCAUCGUCACUACCGGCUGAUGCACCAGCAUCAAGCACACCACCGGUUGAUGCACCAGCAUCACCACCGGUCGAUGCACCAGCAUUCCCACCGGUCUAUGCACCAGCAUCCCCACCGGUUGACGCACCAGCAUCCCCACCGGUUGAUGAACCCGUAUUACCGCCGUUUGAUGAACCAGUAUUACCGCCGGAGGAUUAUGACUCACCACUAUUACCACCAUAUGAUGCAUCGUCACCACCACCCCCAGAGCCACCAGCGCCUCCUCUGCGGCAACCUGAUCAUGCGACCGGAAAUGGUGACAUGAACAGCAGAUUUCAAGCUCUGGGAACAGUGGUUCUGCUAACGAUUUUGCAAUACUUAGCAUUUUGA